UGUGACUAUUGGUGACAAAACCAAAACCAAUAAUUUAGGCAAACUCAAAAUCCGUUGACAAACAUGAACAUUCCCAAUCCCAUACUCAUCCUAAUUUGUUUCCAUUUCCUCUUCAACCCCCAUCAAACACAGACACUAGCACAAUCAACCACAGAAACAUGCUUAGACACUGUUUGCCACACAAAUCAACCACCAAUCCGAUUCCCAUUCUACAUAGAAACAAAACAACCAAACAACACAUGUGGCUACCCAGGUUUCAAACUACUAUGCAAUAACCAAACACUCCUCAAUCUACCUUACAUGGAAGAAUUCAACAUCCAAAAAAUAAACUAUGCCACACAAGAACUCUUCGUGAAUGAUCCCAAUAACUGUCUCCCAAAACGACUUCUCUCGCUCAACCUCUCUUCUUCUCCAUUCCAUGCCGUUUACUAUCAACAAUUCACCUUUUUCAACUGUUCCUUUAACUUGAAACAUCUCACAUCUCGUUACAAACCAAUACCUUGUCUAAGUGAUUCUUCCAAGUACGCAGUUUUCGCAACACCUUCUCUUACUGUGUUUUUGCACUUGUCAUCUGUUUGUAAAUUGGUUGACACUGUGAAUGUGCCGGUUCAAUCGCCGUUUUAUGAUCAAGUGCUGUCGUCUGAACUCAACGACGAUCUUCGGUUGUCGUGGAAUUCGCCGUCGUGUGGACGGUGUGAGUCUCACGGUGGAAGAUGUGGUUUCCAAGAUAACUCCACUCUUGAAACUGCUUGUUACAACGUCCCUCCAAGACGAGGGAUUUCCCGUGGUGCAAGUUACACCAUAGCUAUAUGUGUAGGAGUACCAACACUGUUAUGCUUCAUUUCUUUAUUGAGUUGGAUAUGCAGCAAGUUCAGAUUUGGGAUCCAUGGUUGGACUUGGGCUCAUGAGACAGUGGCAGAUUUUGAGCCUCUUCUUGAUCCACAACAAUAUACCAACAUUUUGGGUCUUGAUAAACCUACUAUUGAAUCUUACCCUAAAAUAGUUAUAGGUGAUGAUGGCAUUCACUUACCAAGGCCUAAUGAUAAGACAUGCUCAAUAUGCUUGUGUGAGUAUAUGCCUAAAGAGACAGUGAAAACUAUGCCUGAAUGUGAACAUUGCUUUCAUGCGCAAUGCAUCGAUGAAUGGCUUCUACUGAAUGCGUCGUGUCCGAUCUGUCGAACUUCUCCUCCUUGGUUACCAUCACAGAAUUUAGCUCAAUCAUGACUAUAAUGCUUAAUCAAUUGUUGAAUUGUUAAUGAACCAUGGUAGUUUUGUGGAGGUUGGUCGGUUUUAUUUGUUUAUAUUGUAAUUUGGAUUUGAAUUUGCUAAAUUAGUGUAAAUGUUCGAAGCAACAGCAUUUACUUGUCUUUGUCACUUUGACCAUAGAUGUUGUUGACAUGCUAAAUCAAGUGUGCAAUGAGUCAUUGACAAUGACAACAAAGCAUAUAAUGUAGGAUAGCGAACACGUCCUGGAUUUAAGUAUUGUAGUAGAACCAUUGUGUUAUAGUUUAUUUAAGUAUUGUAGUUAUGUAGAACCAUUGUGAGAAUACUUUGCAUGUUUUUAGGGACUGUCCUAGAGUUAGACAGCUUUGGAGUAAUAAUGUUCCAGGUAAUAUCAGGCAUGAUUUUACUAUAGCAGACAUUAAUGAGUGGAUAAAGGUGAACGUAACUCAAUUGAGGCAUUGGUGUAGUUUUUGGGUGGUUGGUUGUCAAAGCUUGUGGUGGCGGUGGAACAAAGAAAUGCAUGAUCAACACUUCAUUCGUCCAUAUUGUCCAAGUGAUUACGGGCUUAGAAGAGCAGAGGAUUUUGUUAGCGCACAAGCUGGAGGCAGUAUUGUUAUGAAUGUUGAGAGCAGCUUGAUUGAGGUGUGUUUGGAAGCUCCUGAUAAGGGUUGGUUUAAGCUUAAUUCAGAUGGAGUUAGUAAUGUCACAAAAGAAGCUGGUUAUGGGGGUAUUAUCCAAAAUAAUACAGGAGAUUGUGUAGGUGGUUUUUAUAAAAAUAUUGGGAUAUGUAGUGCUUUUUAUGCUGAAUUUUGGAGAGUUUUUGAAAGGUUUAAGGCUAUAAGGAGACUUGAGUUGCAAAAGGUAGAGAUUUGGGUGGAUUCAAAGCUAGUAGCUGAGGUUAUAAAAGAUGUUCCAUGAUGUAGAAGGGUGUGUUUUGAUUAAGGAUAUCCAGAAAAUGUUGAGAUUGUUUGAGGAUAUGAGGGUGAUGCACUCUAAUAGGGAAGCUAAUACUUGUGCGGACAUUCUAGGGAAAGCUAGGUGAGAUUGAUAGAGAAGAGAAAUUAUUUAGAUAAAUAAUUUAGUUAUUUAAAUUAAUGUCUAAUUUUUAUUAGUAGUACUUUUAUAGUUAUUGGGCUUUUUAUAGUGUUUGGGUCUUCUAGUUAAGGAUCCACUAUGAAUACUAUAUAUGUAGUGUCUUUGACACAAUUAAGGGU